AUUUACGUGUAAUAUACGAACUAGUUUUGGAGAAAGUUUUCUCACUUUUUUUUCUCUUUUAAGUUAAGUUUUUAUUUUAAAAUUUGAAAUAAUAAAAAACGCCCUUUUGAUGAUCUAUUCCAAACACUAAUGGUGUUAUUAUUACUCUUUUUACCCCUUUAAAUAAUGGACAGAAAAUGUAAAGUUGUAAGCUUCCAUAACCUCAAUCAUACGCCCAACCAAAGUGAGAUCUAAUACAAUCGGCUCCAAUUAAAAAAAUACUUACUAAUCCUUGUUCAAUGAAGUGCUGAUAAGAAAAACCAGUCAUCGCAGUCACAUCAUUUGAUAAAGCGUGUGUGGAAUUAGGUGACCGAAAAGUUCGCAAAAAGAGACAAUAUGCGGCUCAUUAUUUUGGAGUCUUCGAGUUCAGUCGCAGAAUGGGCCGCGAAAUACGUCAUGAAACGAAUAAACGACUUCAAUCCAGGUCCCGACCGAUAUUUCGUUCUUGGAUUACCAACAGGAAGCACUCCAUAUGGAAUGUACCAAAAACUGAUCGAGUUUUACAAUGCCGGAAAAGUCUCUUUCAAAUAUGUGAAAACAUUCAACAUGGAUGAAUAUGUAAAUCUGCCUAGAGACCACCCUGAAAGUUACCAUUACUACAUGUGGAAUAACUUUUUCAAACACAUAGACAUUGACCCCCAAAACGCGCAUAUACUCGACGGUAACGCUUCUGAUUUAGUGGACGAAUGCAACAAUUAUGAGAAAAAGAUUUCUGAGGCUGGAGGCGUGGAAUUGUUCAUUGGGGGAAUUGGUCCCGAUGGCCACAUUGCGUUUAAUGAGCCAGGGUCGUCACUUGUGUCACGUACAAGGGUUAAGACUCUAGCUCAGGAUACCCUAGAGGCCAACGCACGCUUUUUUGACAAUGACAUUAGUAAAGUGCCUAAACAAGCUUUGACUGUAGGAGUUGGAACUGUGAUGGAUGCAAAAGAAGUCAUGAUUUUGAUCACUGGAACACAUAAGGCUUUUGCGUUGUACAAAGCAAUUGAAGAAGGGGUUAAUCAUAUGUGGACCGUUUCUGCUUUUCAACAGCAUCCUCAUACUUUAAUGAUUUGUGAUGAGGAUGCGACUUUAGAAUUGAGAGUCAAAACUGUUAAAUACUUUAAGGCCCUGAGCAAUGUGCAUCAUAAACUUAUUGAAGGGGAUGUCUCUCUUGACAAAAUGAGGACAAUCCAUUAACUUGGAUUUUUCUCUAAAUAAGAGGCCUUAAGAGUUUAUCAACAGUACAUAAUCAGUUGGUGGAAGGAUGAUAAAAAAACUUUAUUUUAUAUUAGUACUCUUACACAUGCAUCCUAUAUCUCGGGAUUUUUCUAUUGCCGUUCUGUCACUCUUCACUUUUUUUCUGUAGAAAAUAAUGAACUUUCUUUGGCUCUAAAUUUGUCAGUAGGGUUCAGUUGUAACACAAAUUCAUCUUUUAAAAAACGCAGUUGUGACUUGACAGUGUGGCAAUAGAGAGAUCAACAGAAAAGUAUAAUUAAUACAUGUGUUUUUGCUAUUAUUUUAUGAAAUAAAUAAUAAAACUUG